UCAAACAUCAAACGGUUUAUUAUGGCUUCAGUUCAGACAUGGUACUUUAAGGAUGCCACUAAUAUACUGAAAAUCAAUUUGUGACUAAAUUACCAUUUGUAAACUUCACGUAAAUGCAUUUAUGGAUUGCAUAGGUACAAUCGCAGUGAUAUUUACGUUGUUUGUCAACUUCGUAACGGCAAACGAAGAGGAAAACCGCUAUGGAACAAUAUCAAUCAUACAGCCAGCUUUUGUAAACCGAAACCUUACAAUAAAAAUGACACCUUCUAUUGUGAAAAAGACGACUGCUAAGUGGAAAUACUUCAAGGACAAGAACAUCGGAUACAUAAGUGAAGCGAGUGACUCUUUUCAAACAUUUUUGAAUGGAUCAUAUUAUUUAACAAUUAUAAACGUCAGCAAGUCUUUUAAUGAAUCGUAUUUUGCCGUUGAAGAUUCUGUCACUGAAAACCUGAUAUCUCCCUUUAUACAGGUUGAACUCGAAGAACCCCCGAGCAAGCCCAGACUUGGUCCUAAAACGGGCGACUUUUCCGCAACCAACUGUAUCUAUGUUGACGCGGAUACACAUCCCUACUGCAAUGUUAUUAGUGGAACACCGCCUCUUAACGUUACACUUACGAUAGGAGCAGAAAUAUACCCAUUGGUUGAGAGUAUUCGCGAUAGUCGACGUUAUGAAAUUAAGAAUGGCACUUUCCGUUUUACGAAACACAACUACGUGCGGAAUAUAACAUGCCACGUUUCGAAUCUUCUAGAACAAGCCCCCGUGCGGAAUACUGCGAAACUUUGUAACAUAGAAAAGGGUACUGGUCCACUUCUUAUCGUACCGGAAUAUGCACUUAAUUACACGCCGCAAAUACAAUGUGAGGUGAAGUUUGCCUUACCUGCACCGGAAGUAGAAAUACGCAUUCAUAACAGUACAGUUCCCGGUAAAGUAACCACCACUUUUGACAACACCACCCAGUCUUUUGCUAGUAAAGUAUCCCUUCAAAAAGCAGAGGCUGACUGGGAGGGAAGCAACAUAUGCUGUUAUCAAAAGUCCAAGUUUUACAACAGUUUGGAGCCGGUUUGCAAGACACUUAUAUUGAAAAUUAAACCCAAACCACCAAUUCUUGGUCCUCAGUUAGAAGACUUUUCCACAACUAACUGCAUUUACGGAAACAGCGGUCACGACAUUUAUUGCAAAACACAAGGAGGGACCAAACCAAUUCAAGUUUUUCUUUCAUUGGGAACCAGGCAAUAUCAUCUCAUUGAAAACAAGAUUGAGCCUGGAUUAUAUGAAAUGAAUCAUAGUGUAUCUGAUCCGUUCACAGUAUUUACAAAGAUAGAAGUUAUUUGCCAAGUUUCUAACGAAGUCACUCCAGAGCCCCUAAAUGUGUCGGCCUUUCUUUGUCGGAGUGAAAAAGGUGACAAACCAAAUUUGACAGUGCCACAUAGUUUUGUUGGUGAAAAUUCCUCGACACUUUGUGAAGUAAAACAUGCUCGUCCGGCUCCAAAACUAGCCAUAUAUGUCGCAAAUGUCGUGGUUAAUAAUGUACACCAAAAGAUAACAUUCAACGAUUCAUCUAACACGUUUACGAGCAAGGUGGAAAUUCAAAACCCAUCGCGGCACUGGAAUGCCAACCAAAUGUGUUGCGUUCGAAGGAGUAAAGUCUCAAAUGAUUCGGUACAGGUGUGCAAAAAUGUUACAUUCGAAUAUCCUCCGUCUGAAUUGAUCAUGGUAGUCCACAGGACGUUCGAAAGCGAUGAGACGGUCCAAAUUUUGAACAUAUCCUGUAACGCAGUCAACUCCUAUCCACAAUGCGACAUUUCAUGGGGAAGUAAACUACCUAAUGUUCGCCCAAUAUCCACUGAAUCAAGAAUAGACAUUCGGAAUCAUAGCUACUUCAGUUUUUCAAAAGCUGUGUUCUCAGUUACAAAAGAGGCCAACCGUGGAGAUAUUUUUUGUUUCACAAGAUGUGGUACACUGAAAACAUAUCUUCUUCGCACAUACAAUUUUUCGUUUCCAAGUUAUCCUUUGAUGUCAUUCAAUACAUCAUCGAAUCUUAAGAUUAAGAAAAAUGAGUCUGUGUCAAUCAAUUGCACUGUCGACGAGCGCAUGUCAAUUAACACGAAUCUACUGUGGCGAAAUGAAGCAAGCCAAAACAUAGUUAAAGUUUGCUUUAGUACUAUGACGUGCGUUCUUACAUUAAACGAAACCUUUGCUGAAGGCAUGUGGAACUUGUACAAAUGUGAAGCAGAUAGCGAUUACAACUCUACCAGCAAAUUGCUGGCAGUAUCAUUCCUGGCGUUUCAAGAGGCUGUUCGUGAAGGACUGUCGUCAAACGCUAGGGUGGUUAUUACUGGACUCGCAUCUACUAUUGGGUGUGUUGGUGUCGUCAUCUUUACUUUGUUUGGUGUUUUAGCUUACUGCAAAAUCAUCAAGGAUCGUGACAUAUACCAAGAAUUAAGGUACAGAAGGAGAACAAUGAUAUUUGGUGAAGAAGCUGGGAACAUUAACAACGACGGAAAUGAGGUCGAACUUUCCGCUUACUUCAAUCGAGGCGACAUGCAACGUUACAAUACUUUGACAACACAAGACGUGGUGCAUAAUAGUGAGGAUGUGUCUGCAUAUCCUUUCCUAGUAGAGAGAAGGCCAUUUCGCUCAACACGAGAGACGGAAUCUGGUUAUGUGGACAUGAGGGACAUUUUUGAGACCUGCCAAAGGGCUAACUGUGAUAAGUCGUUCGAAGACAUGAACACAUCUGCUUCGACGGAUCCCGACUAGUUUGAUUCACGUUGUACCCGGAAAAUUGUUGUCGAAUCUGCGGACAUGGGAUAUCUACAUACUGUUACAGAGAAAAGAUAACUCAAUUGCGACAUACAAUGUGUAUAUGUGAACCAAUAUGCUGGUGCUGGAGAUUAAGAGAUGAACGCCACAUAAUAACACCGACGCCAAUCCACGUUAACCAAACAUUUCAGUUUCAAAUACUUGUAGAACAAUAGACAAUAGCGGCCCACUCUCGAGUCCGUUUCCUGAGAAAAACCAGUACCUGUGUCUUUUCAACAAACUGUCCACGACCUUUUGGGAAAGGAGCGAAAACCAUUCAUUACCGUUACUUAUGAAAGAAUGACAUUCAAAUCAAUAUUUUUCUUCUUUUUAGUCAUUUCCUGUUUGUUCUUAGCUCAGUAUUUCUCGUAUUAUAAAAUAACUUAAUGAUAUCUAAAAUACCUUAUUGUCAUUCGUUUUGUGCAGCACCAAUACUCUUAUAUCAAAACACGUUUUCUUUUUAUUAAGUUUGGCUAUGAGUAAUGAAGGAUAUUCACUUAAGAUAAGAAAUGACAAAAUAUGUUUUAUGAAUACUGAAAAAGCAGUACAAAUAAACGUAAUGGUAUCCUUGGCUCUUCAUGACAACAUUUUGUACAAAGCUGUCCUUGUUUAACAACCUCAGAGACAAACGAUAAUUUUAAUCACUCAAAGUAUUUGAGUAUUCACGGAAAUGAGCUCAAUACUUAAGAGCUGCAUAUUCGAAAUGACAAAAUUUACGCUAUAACUGAAUUCAAAAAGUUUAUGUAUAAUGUAUUUAUUUGUACAUGCUAAUAUCUGAAGUUGUAUUGUCUGAAAAUGCAUGGACGUAUGAUGAUGUUUUAUUUACCUGUUGUAAAAGAUGUAAAUUAUUAUACGUAGACUUGUAGGUCAAAGGUGCCAGAUGGUAUUUUUAAUACGUAGCACUAUAUUUAAUUCAAUGUUAAAA